GAAAUACUUUCUUCUACCUGUGAUCUCAUAUCUCAUCAAAUCUGGUUAAAGUUUAUUCUGAUCUACCUCGAGAGAAAAAGGAAGAAGAAGAAGAAAAAUGGGAGGAGGAGCGAGGGAUUCAAAGAACUCUGGUCCCAAGCAUCUUCCAUGCAUUGAUUGGUUAGACUCCUACCAUCGAACCGUAGUGACAUCAAGUUUGGUACAUGGAGUCUACUUAUUGCAACGGGAAAAGCAAAAGAAAGUGAACUCACAAGCCUACAUCUGGUGGGAAUCCUUCGGUUUCUCUUUAGCCGAACUCUUGGUCAACGAAGAUGAUAGCUCCAUAUACGGCGCCGUUUUUAAGUAUAACAACUACCAGAAUAAACCUCAUUUUGGUAUGCCUCCGCGUUACAUGAUUGCCUUCCGCGGCACUGUUCUUAAAUCAAAAACUUGGCUUUCUGAUCUGAAAGAAGACAUUCGAUGCUUGUUCAACAACCUUAAUAAAGGCAGUAGGUUUCAACAAGCCAUACAAGCAACCGAAACUGUAUUGGAAACUACCGAGACAUCAUCUGUCUGGCUAGCUGGACACUCUCUGGGAGCAGGUAUAGCGCUGAUGGUCGGGAAGACCAUGACGAAACGUGGAUUCCCCCUCAAGACCUACGCAUUCAGCCCGCCAAUCUUGUCUUUUCCUCUAGAGAAACUACUUGAUAUUGAUGUGGUUAAACACCUGUUUCGAUUCGCUGAGAGUCUCAUCAAAGGGACCGUAGCCGUGCUAGCUCAUCUUCAGACUCAAGAACACGAUCCAAGAAUAGCAGCGUGGACACCUUAUUUAUAUGUGAACCCAUCAGAUACAAUCUGUUCUGAAUCCAUCGGUCUUUUGAAAUACAAAAAAAUCAUGGCAUAUGUCGGAUUAGGCAAAUUUGAGAGUCUCGGUGCUGCAAUCUCUCUUAGGUGUCUAGUUUUGGGAGUAGAAAGCGGAGAACCUAUUCAACUUCUUUCCUCAGCCGAUAUGACAGUAAACAUGAACAAAUCUGAUGUUGAUACAACUAAUGUGCUUAAGAAGCCGUGGUAUAAGUUGAAGAGAGCUCAUGGACUUGAGCAAUGGUGGGAGCCAAACCCAGCCCUUCGGGCAAAUUGGGAAAGCUACAACUUUAGAUCCUCUGAACCUCGUAUGGACUGAAGUCAACCUCCUCCCAACCCUAUUCGGUAAUAUUGGUUUGGUUAAAUGUCUUUUCCAUCUGUUCAGAUCAUCAUCCUCGGGCUUGGGGACCUUUCUUUUAUCAUCAAUUGAAGCAAAUUGUAUAAAAACUAUGUGAACUAAUAUGGGAACUCUUUGUCUAUGUAAACGACAUAGGAAACCUUCUAUCUACCUUAAUUCUGUUUCUUCUACUUUUUUAAUGUUGUUGUUCUCCAUAUAUAUAUGUGAAUGUUCGUUGUAAA